AUGGCUGGGAGACAAGUGCUGUUCUGCUUGGGAUUAUAUAUUUUGGUGGCUUCCGCUCGUGGAUCAUGCUUCGACGAUGAUGUUCCCGCGUGCGCACGGAGUCGCGACAGCGGCAUGUACUUCCUUUUCAAGAACGAGUGCGAUCUGCGCAAGGCCCAGCGAGGCAACCUAAUUGGUGCACCCUUAUAUGAUGUGACUCUGCGGCACUGCUUCCCCAAUUGUGACUUCCAGUGCGGCAAUGGAUAUCAGCCAUUCUGCGGCGUCAGUGCGAGCACUGGGGAGCGCAGGACUUUCAGGAACCGAUGUGAAAUGGGACGCAGCUCGUGCUUGUUGCAGUCCGACUGGGCGGUGUACAGGUGGGGCGUGUGUCCCAAGGCCAGCAGAGAGACUCUGGCACAGCAUACAUCACCAUACGUGGGGAAAUACCAGCGUCCACAGCCAGUGCCUUGCACCAGGAUCUAUCGUCCAGUGUGCGCAGUAUAUGCGGGUGUAAAGUCUACAUUUUCGAAUGAGUGCUUGGUAAACGCCGAGAACAUUAAGACACAGAGAAAUUGGCGCAUAGUCUCCGAGGGACUUUGUGGCGAGGACAGCACCAAAAUGAAGCACAGUCGCAAAUAUAAGCCAAGGGCCAAGCCAAAACUGGAAGCGGAUCGGACCAAGCGCAGUCACAGUCACGGCAAGAACUCCAAUCAGGUGGAAGACUUCCAGAUACCCGAGGACGCAGUGCAAAUCUAUGCCCCCUCCACAUUCCACACCCAGUUCAUCAGCAACACAGGCACCAUGGAGAAGAGCUACUCCCUCCCAGCUCGCAAGCCCUAUGUGGUGUCCGCGCCAAAGGUCCGGCGAGUCUAUGGAAGUGCCACCACCGAAGGUAAUGCUCCCAAAAACUCCAUAAGGCCGUGCGUGUUUAGCAACGAGCCUGUGUGUGGCAGCUUCAACGGCGAGAGACGCACAUUUUCGAAUGUGUGUGCUCUCAUAGACUACAGCCAGAGCGUCGGUGACGCAUGGUCCAUUUUACACGACGGCUCCUGCCGACGCUGUAACAAGUCCUGCCCCUCGGUCUAUCAGCCUGUGUGUGCCAGUCGGAAUGGCAUAGACCACACAGUAAUAAAUGAGUGCUUUCUGGAGAGAGUGCGUUGCAAGGAUCCCAGAAUUGUUUGGAAGAUCAUCCACAAAGGAGAGUGCGUAAAGUCCAGGGCAACGAUCAAGCCCAAGGCAGCUACCACGGAACGCGGUCACAAAUCUUCUCUGAUUCCCCGUAUGCUGUAUGCCACCAACAGGCGAAAUGCCUCCCGCCCCUCUACUACCACCACCACCACCACCGGGAAGCCUCUGGCCAGCCUCCAAAUAACGAAGACACCAAUAAACCCAUACAAGCCGCGCCAGCAGUUCAGGAAAUCGUUUAAACCAACGCCAGCAUCUGAGGAAUACAACAAUCGCAAGAUUCGCAAAAUAGAGUCGGCCAGUGCCGGCUUUGACCCCGUCCCUCGAUCCAGUUAUGCGCAGCCAAGCGAAGAAGAGUCCGCUUCCAGCCUUUGGUCUUCAAAUGACAAUUGGCUGGUGCGAAAGACCCUCGACAACGUCAAGGGUUACUUCAGCAAAAAACCAUCGACCUUCAAAAAGGCGCACAGCGAAAAGUAUCCGCAAUAUUCCUGGAUUAAGCCGGGGGAAUCCUCGCCCCUAGCAGAGCCACUUGAGGCGACGACCACAAGCAGAAUCACAGCAUCGCCGAUGCCGCCUACUCUGAGCAUUGCCUCGGCGGAACUAUUGAAUUUGGAUAUUGGGAACGCUGCAAACCUCUACGAAGAUGUAGAUCCACAAAUACUAUUUAUGCUGACCACCGCUGCCGCCACAAGCACAACCACAGCGACACCAGAACCCAUCGAGACCACGACUGCACCGACUACCACCUCUGACGCCACGAAUCCUCCUGACCCAACAGAAGUGUCUACAACAGCGUUCACAUCUCCAGAGGCAGGGGAAGAAACGACAAGCGAGGAGACUACCGUAGGCAUAGAAGAGACUUUUGCCACUACUGCUGCCACAUCAUCAGCCACAAUAGCUGAAGAUCUCUCCAGCACAGAAUCUGGAAGUGAGUCGAACGACGAGGCAUCAACGGAAGCCUCAACGACAACCCAGAGCAGUGAUUACACGGUGGAGGAGCCGCUAUCCGAAUCAAGUGGACAAACCUCCAUCUACGGUCUUGAUAAGAACUCGUUGAUCAUGCGUUUGUUACGCGCUAGAACAAAUCAAAAUGUGUUAAUUUAAGACUUCCAUUCAGUGUUAAAAUU